UACAGCUUUCACUAACCACAAGGAUUUGUACAUGUUGUUUGCUGCAAAAUCCUUCUUAAGAAAUCUAAAUAAAAAAGAAAAAUGCACGCCUUCACUGUUUCUUCAAGCAAUUCCUCUCUGCAUUUCUCUAUCGAUGCUCACCUGAAAACCUCCGUUUCUUAUUCCAUUUCCACAAACCUAGAGUCUAAGAAAGCUUCCCAACUACUACCCGCGCGACGUCCCAACCAUAUAAUCUUCAUAUAUACUGCCUCUACAACCUCAAUGAUACGAAAACCGGAAGACCCAUUUCGAUUUUCAGUCAAAUUAGGUAUCCGAGAGUGGGUUUCAGUUGGGUCAAAAUGAGAACUUGCAUGUGGGUUCUUGCUCUUCUUUUUGUUUUUGGGUUUGCUUGGGAAGUUGGUGCGGAUCAGAACGUGCCUACAGAGAGGAUUUCAGGAAGCGCUGGUGAUGUCUUGGAGGAUGAUCCAACUGGAAGGUUGAAAGUUUAUGUUUAUGAGCUGCCUAACAAAUACAACAAGAAAAUCCUUCAGAAAGACCCAAGAUGUCUCAACCAUAUGUUUGCUGCUGAGAUCUUCAUGCAUAGGUUCCUCUUAUCCAGCCCGGUUAGAACCUUCAAUCCUGAGGAAGCAGAUUGGUUUUAUACCCCUAUCUACACCACUUGUGACCUUACCCCCACUGGCUUGCCGUUGCCCUUCAAAUCUCCGCGGAUGAUGAGAAGUGCAAUACAGCUCAUAUCUACAAACUGGCCUUAUUGGAAUCGAACAGAAGGAGCUGAUCACUUCUUUGUUGUGCCUCAUGACUUUGGAGCCUGCUUUCAUUACCAGGAAGAGAAAGCUAUUGAACGGGGGAUUCUUCCACUGCUCCAGCGUGCCACCUUGGUUCAGACCUUUGGGCAAAGAAACCAUGUAUGCUUGAAGGAGGGUUCAAUCACAAUUCCUCCAUAUGCUCCACCACAAAAGAUGCAGGCCCACCUGAUUCCCCAAGAGACUCCACGGUCCAUCUUCGUAUACUUCCGUGGUCUAUUUUAUGACAUUAAUAAUGACCCUGAAGGUGGUUACUAUGCGAGAGGUGCGAGGGCAGCUGUUUGGGAGAAUUUCAAGAACAAUCCUCUGUUUGAUAUCUCCACUGACCAUCCAACUACAUAUUAUGAAGACAUGCAACGAUCUAUAUUCUGUUUAUGCCCUCUGGGUUGGGCCCCAUGGAGUCCGAGGCUAGUUGAAGCAGUGGUGUUUGGUUGCAUCCCUGUUAUUAUAGCUGAUGAUAUUGUCUUACCCUUCGCUGAUGCUAUCCCAUGGGAAGAAAUUGGAGUUUUUCUAGCUGAGGAGGAUGUUCCUAACCUGGACACAGUUCUCACUUCUAUUCCACCAGAAGUAAUCCUCAGGAAACAAAGAUUACUUGCAAAUCCUUCGAUGAAAUGGGCGAUGAUGUUCCCGCAACCUGCACAACCAGGGGAUGCUUUCCAUCAGAUACUAAACGGGCUGGCUCGCAAAUUGCCCCAUGCUCAAAGUGUUUACUUGAAGGGUGGUCAAAAGAUUUUAAAUUGGACAGAAGGUCCGGUGGGAGACUUGAAACCAUGGUAAUGGAAGUAGUAUAUAUCUUUUUGAGCAAGAGCCUUGCAUUGUAUCCUGUCUAGUCCCCAGUACCAAAUUGAGGAGGAUAUGCUGCUGGGCUGGACUUUACUGAAAAUGUAAAAAAAUUAUUCUUCCUUGCUGAGUUUUGUAUAGGUGCUGACAUUCAGCAGAUUCUUUCUGGAUGCAAAAUAGUUGAACUGAAAAUGCAAACAUGCGUGCUUCUUCUCUGCUGCAGAA